AUGGAUCUGGAUUUGAGGCUAGGGGAGGUGUAUAGGCGGGCCCCUGCUGUCUGCGCAGACUGCAGCAGCUGUGCCGCUGGCUGCCCUGACCCAAGGGAGUCAGGAGAGGCGCCUAUUACUGAAUAUGAGCAUUCAAGGAAUGAAGAAAUAAUGAAAAACAACCAAGAGCUGGAGAGGCUUGGUAUCAAGACAUUAGUGCCCAUAGUGAAGAAUACAUCUGUGGAGAGAAAGGGUAAAGACCAUGAAGUUUCUGGAUCAUUGUAUAUAGGUCAGGAGAGUGGUCAGGAGAGUGAGGACUGUGAAGAUGAGGAGGUUAUUAGCAAGAGACAAGAGAAAUAUAAAGAUGUACAACCUACUGCUAUUGAUCUUUUCAAGGACUUCCACUGCAGCAAGAACAAAGGAUUCAGUGAGCCUAUCAAGAAAGCUAUUGCUGAUAUGGAAGCGAUCAUGGCUGAACCAGUACACGAUGAAGAGCAACCAAAGUCAGUGAACCAUGUUGUUUCUCAAGUUGUGAAAUCAACUACAUUUCUUCAAGUAGCAGGAAUUCAACCAAACUCCAACAAUAGCUCUAAAGGUUGCACUUCCUCAAAGAAUGAACAUUUUAAAGGGGAUCAAUGA